AUGGCCAGCGAACAGGAAUACACGCUGGAGCAGGUCAAGAACACUAGGAUCGCAUCCGAUGACAUUGACAAAACAUUCCGCUCAAGCAGCAUUGACUUGAUCUCUGCUGCCCUGGGUGGAAAGAUCCUUGCCUUUUCAGAUGAGUGGUUCGCCGAGGCCGCCAACUUGUUGACACCCACCCCUCCCAUCAGACAACCAGGCAAGAUGGUCUACACCGGUGCCUGGUAUGACGGCUGGGAGACGAGACGCCACAAUACUGAGCCCUUUGACUGGGUCAUUGUCCGUCUUGGUGUUGCCUCUGGAACCGUCGAGGGUGUGGAGGUCGACACGGCCUUUUUCUCUGGUAACCACGCCCCCUCAAUCUCAGUCGAGGGCUGCUUUAACCUCAACGACGACGAGGUCAUCUCGUGGAAGGGCGGCCGGGGCCAGUGGGAGACCAUCCUUGGCAACGAGGAGUGCGGCCCCUCGCAGCGCUUUGGGUGGAAGCUGGCGGAGCCCAAGCAGAAGCAGUAUACCCACGUUCGUCUCAAUAUGUACCCCGACGGUGGCAUUGCGAGGUUCCGUCUGUUUGGCCACGCCGUGCCCGUCUUUCCCGACGACAAAGAGGCCAUCUUCGACCUGGCCGCGGCGCAGAAUGGUGGUGUCGCCAUCUCAUGUAGCGACCAGCACUUUGGCACCAAGGACAACCUUCUACUGCCGGGCCGCGGCAAGGAUAUGGGCGACGGCUGGGAGACGGCGAGAUCGAGGACCAAGGGCCACGUCGACUGGACGGUUGUUCGCCUUGGGGCCCCGGGUUACGUGCAGAACAUAGUCGUCGAUACGGCGCACUUUCGCGGCAACUUCCCGCAAAAGGUUAAAGUUGACGCCCUUUCCUGGGUUGAAAGCGGCGAGCCCGGGGCGGACGCAGCCGGCUGGACGGAGAUCGUAGCUCCGAGCAAGUGCGGCCCGGACCAGGAGCACGAUUUCCCGAGCGCUCUCAGGGACAAGGCCGUGACACACGUUAAGAUCACCAUUAUUCCAGAUGGAGGAGUCAAGAGACUGCGUGUCUUCGGAAAGAGAGCCUAG